AUGCCUCCAAGAGCGAAUGCAAUGAACCUCAAACAGAGGCUAGCGGCGCUCUCGUUGGCGCCAUCGUCGCCGACGGGUCCUCGUGGCGACUCCUACCCGCACCAGCCGUCGACACCACAAUCUCCCGUCGCAAAGAUGAAGUCGUUGUUCAACGCACCACGGGUCGGUAGGCGCAAUCAUGCUGAAUCUGCCCCAUCUCCAGGAACGCAUACAAUGGGUCAAGAAGGUCUCGACGAGGUUAUUGGACGAAUGAUAUUCCAAGCAGGAGUCGAUUUUGAGUCAGUAUUCUGUUUCCUAGCUCGCCUAGCCCUCUGA